GGCUGGUUCAGCUUUUGCUUUCAUCUGUGCGCGACUGGCCGUGCUGUGUGCUCGCCAGCAGCACCGCAUUGCAUUCUGAAUUCGCCGCUCCGCAGUCAUUCGAUGCGUGUUGCGCUAUCCUUGUGCAUAACGCUGUUCUCCGAACGGUUCCUAUCUAUUUCGCCCAGCAAAACACUGAAAAUAAAUCCAUAUUAUUAGAAGAAAAGUUGCAGGCCCGUAUGGGCUGAUUCGGUGUUCAUGUAACGCCCGUAAAAUCAGCAUUUGCAAAGAAACCGAUCCCCUUGCGAGGCGAAAAUAAAAAUGAAAUAACCUCAAGCCAGUGAACAAUUGAUUUGUUUGUGAAGAUACGAGGGAAUGUGUGUGGCUGCAGGGUGCUGUGAAGCGAGCGUCUAUGGCAGAUCCAGCUAGUGCCACCGCUGGUGCCAGCAGAAGCCGCCGCAAGCGUGCGCUGCCACCACAACGUGCACAAGCUAAACGCAUUCGUACUCAAUCACCUACGUCUAGUAAAGUCAAGUCGCAAAAUUUAGUAAGUGACACACAACCUACCAACAAAGACGUGAACGGCGUCUCGACACCACUCAUAGCAAAAAUUCGCACUAACAACAAGAUACAUCAAGCAAAGUUAGACGCGAAUAAGGCUGGUGGCAGCGGUAACAACGCAUCUCAGCCGGCAAUUAACAACAAACGCACUAAAGGCGAUACCAAUCAGGACGCAGAAACAAAACUUGGUGGCAGUUCAAGAAAAAACCACUCCAGCAACUUGCCGUCAGAACUCCGACCGAGCACUAGUAAUAAGAUAAAGACAUCCUCGCCCGACUUCCCGGAGGAUUCGCCGUUGUCUCUCGACGACGAGCAACAUCCAAUCAAAUCAAAGUCCAGCAAGGCUCGUAAGCUCGCAUCCGUCAGCUUAUCCGAAAGUCUUCUGAGCAGCAGCGCCGGCCCGUCGAACAACGACAGCUUCGCCAGUACACAGCACAAGUAUCCGCUGCGAAGUCAGGGACGACUCUCUGAUCCCGGCGUCGCACAUCGACCAACCACACAGAGUAAAUCCACAGCGCUGGGGACCACCAGUAGUCAGAACGCCAGCAGGGAAGUGCCCGAGCCCUCUCGCCUCACUCGAAGCGGAGCUGUGUUGAGGCGCAGCACUCGAAAUAGCAAAGGGCACAGCACAACAACGGGUUCCUGUGCUAGUUCCAGUGGUGGCCGAGGCUCCAGCAGCAGCCGAGCAUCCCGCCAACAUAAGGUGGGAGCCACGGCUCCUGCCCCCGUCCCAGCCACCCCAAUGGCUUCCGAUCAACUAGAGGUGCCGAACAGCUCAUUGCAAGUUUCAGAGGAGCCACCUUCACCCCAGGAAGCAACACAAGCGAUGGCCAGUGGCGGGGGACCAUCGGGCCCCGGUCCAGACUCAGAGAGUGAUGACAGCGAAGUUGGUCGCUUACAGGCGCUCCUGGAAGCGCGCGGUUUGCCACCCCAGUUGUUCGGUGCGCUGGCUCCCCGGAUGCAGCAGAUGUUGCAUAGGAGUAUGGGUGCUAGUAGCUCGGUAGCCAAAGCUACACAACUUCUUCAGGGCUUACAAGCAACUGGGGAUGAAGGACAACAACUGCAGGCUGUCAUCGAAAUGUGCCAGAUGCUUGUGAUGGGGAACGAAGAUACACUAACUGGUUUUCCUGUCAAGCAAGUUGUACCGGCUUUAAUUACACUUCUUCGUAUGGAACACAAUUUUGAUAUUAUGAAUCAUGCUUGUCGCGCGUUGACUUACAUGAUGGAAGCUCUUCCGCGAUCUUCAGCUGUAGUGGUGGACGCGGUUCCCGUUUUUCUCGAAAAACUUCAAGUGAUACAAUGUAUGGAUGUUGCUGAACAAUCAUUAACUGCUUUGGAUAUGUUAUCUCACAGGCACUCGAAAGCCAUUUUACAAGCUAGAGGUGUGACUGCUUGUUUGAUGUACUUAGACUUCUUUUCAAUCAAUGCUCAACGCAAUGCUUUAUCGGUGACCGCAAACUGUUGCCUAAACAUGACCAGCGACGAGUUUCAAUACGUCGCCGAGUCUCUGCCACUUUUGGCGAAUCGACUGACCCAACAGGAUAAAAAGAGUGUUGAAUGCGUGUGCUCUGCCUUUUCAAGACUGGUAGACAGCUUUCAAUUGGAACCCGCCCGCUUACAAGAAAUAGCUAGCACUGAAUUGUUGACCAACCUACAACAGCUGUUGGUUGUCACUCCGCCAGUAAUCAGCACUGGCACGUUUAUCACGGUAUUGCGAACGCUGUGCGUCAUGUGCGCUAACUGUCCAGAUCUAGCGUUAACUCUGCUAAAACAGAACAUCGCAGAGACGCUUUUAUAUUUACUCACUGGAUCCGCUGAAGUAAGCCAGGAAGAAGUUGAACUUGUCGCUCGGCAACCUCAAGAAUUGUAUGAGAUUACCGCUCUCAUUGGAGAACUGAUGCCGAAGCUUCCAACUGAUGGAAUGUUUGUUGUCGACACUUUGUUAGAACGGCCUGUAAAUAUCAGCAAGGAUCAGCCAACCUGGCAGUGGCGGGACGACCGUGGUUUGUGGCAUGCCUACGGUGCCGUGGACAGCAGAAUGAUCGAGGCGGCGCAUACAAACGGUGACGAUGAAGUCAGCUUGAAUACGCUGGGCCGUACGUACACUAUUGAUUUUCAUUCGAUGCAGCAGAUCAACGAAGACACGGGAACUUCACGUCCGGUACAAAGGAGAUACGCGCCUUCCAACAACCAAGCCUCGCCGGCCGCUGAUCCUGCACCGCCCGGUAGCCGACCAACUUCUGCAAAUCGAGAUGCCCGUGUGGCAUGUCUUCGCGAAGAACGUGGCUUGGCGGCAUCUUUUAUUAGAUCCUUAUUUUCAGUCCUUUACGAGGUCUACUCAUCUAGCGCUGGACCUACUGUGCGUUGUAAAUGCCUAAAAGCUCUGCUGCGAAUGGUCUACUACGCUAGUCCUGAGCUACUCAAGGAGGUAUUGAAGAACCAAGUGGUUAGCAGUCACAUUGCUGGAAUGAUGGCGUCAAGCGACUUACGCAUUGUCGUCGGUGCGUUACAAAUGGCGGAGAUUCUGAUGUCGAAGCUUCCCGAUGUAUUUGGCAUUCACUUUCGACGCGAGGGCGUCAUGCAUCAAAUCAAUCAACUGGCCGAUCCAGAAGUUCCGCUUGGCGUCAGCCCGCCGAAGUCUGCGAAUUCUAGUACUACGUCCUGCAUUCACGACUCGCAGGCCGGCCCCUCGCAAACUCCCAACAGCAGUAAAUUGGAUAUGACACCAAACGGCACUUCGGUUCCAUCACCAACAGACGGCACGCCUAAUUCAGUCAGUUUGUCGCCUGUAUCCUCCGAAACUGUUGUUGCCCAACAAACAGGUCAACAACCGCAAUCGGUAGUUCCCAAGCCGUCUAGGUCGGGCACUAGCUUGGAGCCAGACACAAAGUCACAGAGUCCUUCGCAUGUACGUAUCGGUGAUGUACUGAAACGAAAACGCGCGGGUAAACGAAGUAGCGGUGGCAGGUCAUCGAAGUCUCGACAUGAAGAUUUACCUUUAUCGCCGUCAUUGAUGCACGAUUUGUUCAAUAAGGCGACUUCUUUGGGCACAAAUACGUCAACUUCUAGUAAUUCAACAAGCAACAGGCCUAGAUUUUCGGGAAAUUCAAAAACGACGAGUUUCUUGCAGAGUUUAAAUCCUGCGCGUUGGGGUCGAAAUAUGAAUUCGUCUUCCAAUGACAGAAACUAUAGUAAAGAGAUCGGUAAUUGCUUAAAUAAAUCUUCCUCUAAUUCUAAUUUGACAGCAGGUAACAAGGAGAAAACUAGGCAGUGGGUUAGAGAUCAGGCGACAAAGUUUAUCGAUAUAUAUUCAUCAAAUGAAAUAUCAGGGUCGCAGCAUCCGGCAAUGAAUGUGCUUUCGAGAUUAACCGACUGUAUUCAAAGAUUACCUACGAGCGAGUGCGGUGAAGCCUUGCAGGAGUUGCGAGAAAUUCUUAUCGAGUCCGAUAUCUCCCCGUUCGAAGUGAAUCACUCCGGUUUAAUCAAAGCUCUAUUAUCAUAUCUUGCAUCCAAUACCGGUCCUAUCGAAAGAGAUCAAAGGCUACGCAUCUUUCUUCACGUGUUUGCCAACUGCCCACUUCAAAUGAACGUUACCGUACUAGAUGAUGAAAUAAACUCUACCUGGAUGAGCGCAUUGGUGGCUAAACUGAGUGGUUGCGUAUCACAGUUGGAACAAUUUCCUGUUAAAGUUCACGAUCUACCAGCAAGCAGUGGUGCAGGACGCGGCGGGACGAGUGCUUUAAAAUUUUUCAACACGCAUCAACUUAAAUGUAAUCUACAACGGCACCCUGACUGCACAAACUUGAAGCAAUGGAAGGGCGGCACAGUGAAGAUUGACCCCUUGGCGUUAGUGCAAGCAAUAGAACGAUACUUGGUGGUGCGUGGUUACGGCCGUGUCAGAGACAAAGAUAGCGCCGACAGCGACGAUGCGGAUACAGAUGAUGACAUUGAAGAAACUUUGGCGACUGUCGUUAUUUCUGCGUCGGGCUCCAAACACAAGUUGCAGUUUCUUAUUGGAAACACAGUGCUACCAUACAACAUGACAGUGUAUCAAGCGGUGCGACAGUUUUCUAACAACGGGAACGAUCAAAGUGAAACAGACACUGACAACGAGACGCCGUUGGGACAUGCUGGAGUGUGGAUUCAAACUCACACGAUUUACUAUAGACCAUUGAAAGAGGAACCCAAUGUUUCACAGAAGUCUAGUACGAGUAGUUCGGCUUCAAGUCGAAAAGGCAAAGGAUCCAGCAGCAAGAAUGCUCUCAGACGCAAGGGAGAUGAACUUUGGAAUGAAGGUUUAACUCCAGCUAUCUUGUCGCCUUUGACGCCGUUUUUGGUCACACAGCUACCAGAAACAGUGACGAUACAAGAUGCUUCCUUGGAGGUGCUCUGCUUGAUGCGCAUUUUAAACGCAUUGAAUCAGCAUUGGACGACGUUAUACCCGGCAAUAGAGUACAGGCCUAUCACGAACCCUUCGGAGUUCUUAAACAGUAAAAUUGCGGCUAAAGCAUCUCGCCAAUUGCAAGAUCCUCUAGUUAUUAUGACCGGUAAUUUACCCAACUGGCUGCAGCAGAUUGCAUCCGUCUGCCCGUUUCUAUUUCCAUUCGAAACACGCCAACUACUAUUCUACGCAACGUCUUUUGAUCGCGACCGUGCGCUUCAGAAACUUCUCGAUAUGACGCCUGAAUUAAGCAGCACUGACUCACAGGAGCGCGUCACACCACGCUUGGACCGUCGAAAACGCACAAUUUCCAGAGACGAUAUUCUGAAACAAGCUGAGCAGGUAAUGCAAGACCUGGCCACAUCAAAAGCGUUACUCGAAGUGCAAUAUGAGAACGAGGUGGGCACCGGCUUGGGUCCAACCUUGGAGUUUUACACGCUCGUCUCGAAAGAACUACAACGUGUCGACUUGGAAUUAUGGCACGCGCCUGAUAACCAAGGUGAUUAUGUGCAUAAUGCAGUAGGGCUAUUUUCGUCCCCCUUACCAAGAAAUGCCAAGGUUAGCCAGGUGACAAAGGUGAAGACGAAGUUUAGAUUUUUAGGAAAAUUGAUGGCUAAAGCAGUAAUGGAUUCGAGAAUGUUGGAUUUGCCAUUUUCUUUAACUUUCUAUAAGUGGAUUUUGGGAGGAGAACAUUCUCUGGGUCUUGCUGAUCUUGCAGAAGUCGCCCCAGACAUUCAUAAGACUAUUAAAAAGAUGCAACAUUUGGUAAGACAACGGGACGCCAUCCUUGCGAAUUCUGAUUUAAGUGUAGCUACUCAAAACGAAGAGAUCGAGAAAUUGGAGUUUGAUGGUUGUACCAUAUCAGAUUUAGGCAUCGACUUUGUAUUGCCAGGUACCAACAUCGAGUUGAUUCGCAACGGUCGUGUCACUAGCGUCACUAUCAGAAAUCUACAUCAGUACAUCAAUCUAGUUCUGCACUGGUUCUUAGUUGAAGGAGUCAGCAGGCAAAUGGAAUCAUUCCGUGAAGGUUUUGAAUCAGUGUUCCCCGUGCAGAAUCUGCGAAUGUUCCAACCCGAGGAACUGGAGGCCGUCUUUUGUGGCAGUCCAAGGGAUUCUAUAAGCGGGUGGGAUGUGAAAACGUUGAUGGAAUGUUGCCGCCCUGAUCACGGUUAUACGGCUGACUCCCGUGCAGUUCGUUUCUUAUUCGAAGUGCUCAGCUUGUACAACAGAGAGGAGCAGAGACUUUUUGUACAAUUUUUGACUGGAAGUCCAAGAUUACCUGUUGGAGGGUUCAAAUCUUUAUCACCACCCUUGACAGUCGUGCGUCGUGACACCAACUUAAAUCCUGACGACUUUUUACCAUCUGUGAUGACCUGCGUGAACUACCUCAAACUUCCAGACUAUUCAAGCAUUGAAGUCAUGCGUGAGAAGCUUAGCAUCGCUGCGUCGGAGGGACAACACUCGUUCCAUCUCUCCUAAGUGCGAGAAAGAGAAGUGCACUACUGUACUUGUGUGUGAGAAAAUAGACUAUAUUUCAACCUCAUGCAGAAGAUAUUACGAUAUCAAUUUAAAGGAAAGUGGUUUAUUAAAUUACACUAUUAACAAACACGAUAUCAUUGGGAGAAAAUGGCCAUCAUUUCAUUGACAAAAAAGAAUGAAUUUGUUGUAAUUAUUUAAGUUUUUUUUGUUCUCCGAAUUGUACAUACUUCUCUUAAUUUUUAUUUCGUUCUACGCGUUUCUUUUGUGAGAUACCUGCAAGCCGAGUGCUGCUCUUAGAUUUUGUUAUGUCAGGUGUACCGCGACCGUGAAUUUCAUUUAGGUUUUUGUGCGUUUAAACGAUUAAGUGAGCAACAAAGUGAGCAGAUGUGCCGGUCUCCACUACAAAGAUAGCUUAAGCAAAGACUAUCAGGACUAUCUGCUCGUUUCGAUUUUCAGAAGCGUCAUUUAUGAUUUAUUUAAGUAUGUGAAUAUUUGUAAGACUUCGUAAUAACAUGAUUUUAACGUUUAAUUUGUUAAUUUCAAGUUGUGUGCACCUGCGAACACUGGGCUAGACUGAAACACCUAUUGCUGUUUCUUGAAAUAGCAAGGAGCCAAUGAUGCAUAUUUAAGAGAAAAAGUAAAUUUACUGCUGCAAACCAGCAUUUAUUAACUACUGUAAUCAUAAAGUGCAACUAUAAUGUUUCAAUAAAUUUCUAUACAAAAUUUAAAA